UGGAUCCCAGGCCCUGGCCCGCCGCCAUGCGGCCGCCUGCGGGCCCAGCCACGCUCCCGCGCGCGCUGCUGCUCCUGCCAGUCCUUCUGGGCUCAGGUUGGGGGGAACUGGCACCACAAAUUGAUGGUCAGACCUGGGCAGAGCGGGCACUUCGGGAGAAUGAACGCCACGCCUUCACCUGCCGGGUGGCAGGUCCUGGCACGCCUCGACUGGCCUGGUACCUGGACGGACGGCUCCAGGAAGCCACCACCUCAAGACUUGUCAGUGUGGGUGGGGAGGCCUUCUCCGGAGGUACCAGCACCUUUACUGUCACUGCUCAGCGGGCCCAGCACGAGCUCAACUGCUCCCUGCAGGACCCAGGCCGCGGCCGGUCAGCUAACGCCUCUGUCAUCCUCAACGUACAGUUUAAGCCGGAGAUUGCCCAGGUUGGAGCCAAGUAUCCGGAGGCUCAGGACCCAGGCCUCCUGGUUGUCUUGUUUGCUUUGGUGCGUGCCAACCCACCUGCCAAUGUCACCUGGAUUGACCAAGAUGGACCAGUGACUGUCAACACCUCUGACUUCCUGGUGCUGGAUGCUCAGAACUACCCCUGGCUCACCAACCACACUGUGCAGCUGCAGCUCCGCAGCCUGCCACACAAUCUCUCGGUGGUGGCCACCAAUGACGUGGGUGUCACGAGCGCCUCGCUUCCAGCUCCAGGACUCUGGGCCGCCCGGGUGGAGGUGCCGCUGCUGGGCAUCGUUGUGGCCGGAGGGCUUGCCCUGGGCACCCUCGUGGGCUUCAGCACCUUGGUGGCCUGCCUGGUCUGCAGGAAAGAAAAGAAAAUCAAAGGCCCUUCCCGACGCCCAUCUCUGAUCUCUAGUGACUCCAACAACCUGAAACUCAACAAUGUGCGCCUGCCGCGGGAGAACAUGUCCCUCCCGUCCAACCUUCAGCUCAACGACCUCACUGCCGAUCCCCGAGCAGGGAAACCAGUAGAACAACCAGUGGCUCGGAACAGCAGCCGGCCAGAGCUUCUGGAAGCUGAGACUGGGGGCCUUCUCACCAGCCGAGGCUUCAUCCGCCUGCCCAUGCUGGGCUACAUCUACCGAGUGUCCAGCGUGAGCAGUGAUGAGAUCUGGCUGUGAGCUGCGUGGGGGAGACGGGAGCGCUGCCCCUGGGCACCCCCAGCCACCCCCUGCCCCACUGGGUUGCCAGCACGAAGAGGCCCGUGCUGCAGCCGCCUGCUGGCACUCCCACAAGGAGUCCCCCGGGAGCUGCGCGUGGGACGUUGCGGUUGCGCUGGGAUCUGAUGCACGAGGCAGGACUGCCAACCAGAACUUGGUCCUUUGCGCUUCCUGGUGCCUAGGCCCAGGCAGUGGACGCUGGCCAGGUGAGUUUCGGUGUCACCUGUAUGGUGUAGGCUGCUAGGUGCCCACACGGACUCCUCGGCACCUGUACAGGAGGCCCGGAGGCUGCCUGCCGGCUUGAGGGACAAAGAGGGCCCUGCGUGUCCUUCCGACACUAUGUAGCUUCGUUCCCUCAGGGAAAAUGUAGUCCCCAACUAGCUGCACAGGAACAGCCUAGGCCCUGGGGCCGUUGGCAAGCACAAAGGAGCCCCUUUGCUGCACACCUCUGCCCUUUCCCACCUGUGCCCCACCUCCUCUUGGGCCUCUACGCCCUGGGCCUCCUCCUGGCUGGGCUCUGGAAGCCCCCUUGGCCCUGCACCCAUGGUGUUGGGGAGGGAGAGGUGACUAGUGUGGUGGCAUCCAGGGUAGCAUGAAGCUAUGCAUCCUUUUUUCUUGUUAGCACUUUAAGCACAUCCCCUAGGGGACGGGGUGCGAGGGCCUGGAGCCCCGCUGGCUUCCCCAAGUUUCCUGUGAUUCACUGUGUCCCGAGUUCUCAGGAUUGAUGGUUUCCCUCUCAGCAUGUCUCCCUCCCACGGACCCCAGCCCCACAUCAGCCGGAAGCCCCCGGCCUGCCCCAUCGUGUUCUUUCGGGGUUGGUUGUAAGCAGAGAUAGAGGGACAUGGAGAAAGAGGGAGACCAGAUACCCCCAAAUGACCUCAGAAUGCUUUAAGAAGCAACAUGGAAGUGCUUGAAUAACAGAGUGCAGAGUAUAUUUUUCCCUUGUUGCUCUCUUGUUUUGUAAUUGUUCUCACAUUAUUGCCCAGGACAGUGCUGAGCACAGUAAACUCAAACAUGAAGAUGAUGUCUCUGCUUCAUUUCUUCAAAAACAUUUUUAAAUUUAUCCUUUUUAAAGUCAAUGGGUUUGUAAGGAACGCCUCCUCUCUCGGUGUGUUCCCUGUGUAUAGAGUAGGCUGACAGUGUAGCACGUUAGCAUCAUCUCUGCCCCUCUUGACUCUCUUGUGCCUUUGGAAUCCUCCGGCAUCUCUAUAGCCAGUUUUCCACGUUGAACAGCCUUUGUGAGACACAACUAGCAUGGCUGCAGGCUUCCUGAAGGGAGCAUAGCUGAUGCACCCCAAAAUAUUCCUUGAAUUUGUCCACCUAUUCCAAGCCACUGUCAUCUCCCACUUGGAUUACUGCAAUAGCCAGGCUCCUGGGGCCACAACAGACAGGGCUGCAGCUGGCAGGUGGGUGGCCUGUGAGCAAGCAGAGAGAGAGCCCUCCCAUCCUGGCCAAAGUAAAUUUCAGGAGAGAAGUGGUUCUUUCAAACAGAAAGCCAUCAGUUCCCCAGCUGGAUGGCCCCUGAACCGGCUCAGUUCUGCUACUGCGAGGUAGCUCUCAGACUGUUUCCCUUGCUCUGACUUCAGAUGCUAGGUCCAGGUUGUUUAACCUGCGUUCUGAUCCACCAGAAAUUGAUGGAGUUCCCAUCACCCCUCCUUGAGUUUCACUCAUUAGUGUGAGCGGCUGACAGCCCUGAGAGCCACUGCUGGCUUAUGGCAAAGGACAUUACAAAGGACAGGGAUGCAUGGGGU